GGAGAUGCUUCCAUCAGUGGCGCUGGGCGCAGAGACAACAGUCCGGACAGCGAGGAUGAUUUACGGCCACACAGUGUUGCGCUUUCCAGGAUAAUACUUACUUAAAAAUGUCAAUUCCGAUUUCUUUUCUUCUGUAGAAAAAAAAGAAAGGCACUGAGGGUGUUUUUUUUUCUUUUGUUUUGUUUUCAUUUUUCUUAAAUUUUCUCUCCAUACUCUGCGCGUCAAUUAAAGAAACCGCCAAGUGAGAAUCAGCCGGAGAAGUUGGUCGUCAUUCACUGAGGCUGAUUAGUUUUGACCUCGGAUCAUGGCCUACACACUCGGCUCGGCCACCGACGGCCAGGCGCGCAGCGUCGGACCUCACUGCGUGACUCGGGUGGAGCUGUCCGUCACCGCCGCAAACCUGCUGGACCGAGAUGUGGCCUCCAAGUCGGACCCGUUCUGCGUUCUCUUCCAUGAAGUGGAUGGAAACUGGGUGGAGCUGGGGCGCACUGAAACAGCUGUGAACAACCUGAACCCAGUGUUUGGCGUCAAGUUCCAUGUGGACUACCAUUUCGAGGAGAUCCAGAAGUUGCGCUUCGCCAUGUUCGACGAGGACAAGUGUGCCUCGCAGCUCUACGAACACGACUUCCUGGGGGAAUUCAUCUGUACACUCGGAGUGAUUGUGUCCAAUAAGAAACUUCACAGACCGCUGAUAUUAGCCAAUGGGAAGCCAGCUGGCAAAGGAUCCAUUACGAUAACAGCGCAGGAGCUGUCUGACAACAGAAUCAUCACUUUGACCCUGAGUGGGCGUAAACUGGAUAAGAAGGACUUCUUUGGGAAGUCCGACCCCUAUCUGGAGUUCCACAAGCAGGGAGAAGACGGUAAAUGGAUGCUGGUGCACAGGACAGAGGUCAUAAAGAACACUUUAGAUCCAGCGUGGAAACCUUUUACUGUGCCUCUCAUCUCUCUCUGCAACGGAGACGUGGACAGAAACAUCAAGGUCCUGUGUUACGACUACGAUAAUGAUGGAGGCCACGACUUCAUCGGAGAGUUCCAGACCACGGUGGCCAAGAUGAGUGAAGCCCAGAACUCGGUGGAGGUUGAGUUUGACUGCAUCAACCCCAAGAAACAGAAGAAGAAAAAGAACUAUAAAAACUCUGGAAUUAUCAUUGUCAAGUCCUGUAAGAUUACACGGGACUACACUUUUCUGGAUUACAUCCUGGGAGGAUGCCAGCUCAUGUUUACAGUCGGCAUAGACUUCACGGCGUCUAAUGGGAAUCCCCGAGAGCCGUCCUCCCUCCACUACAUCAACCCUCUGGGCAGCAACGAGUAUCUGGCUGCCAUUUUAGCUGUGGGGCAAAUUAUACAGGACUACGAUACCGACAAAAUGUUUCCUGCUCUGGGAUUUGGAGCCCAACUCCCACCAGACUGGAAGGUGUCACACGAAUUCGCCAUCAACUUUAACCCCACCAACCCCUUCUGUUCAGGUGUGGAGGGCAUCGCACAGGCCUACUCCGCCUGCCUCCCUCACAUCCGUUUCUACGGCCCCACGAACUUUGCUCCUAUCAUCAGCCAUGUAGCACGCUUUGCCGCCCAGGCCCUCCAGCAGGAGAGAGCAGCGCAGUACUUCACUCUCCUCAUCAUAACAGACGGCGUCAUAAGCGAUAUGGACGAGACUCGCCACGCCAUCGUACAGGCGUCAAAGCUGCCCAUGUCCAUCAUUAUUAUCGGCGUGGGCAACGCAGACUUCGCCGCCAUGGAGUUCCUGGAUGGAGACGCCAGCGUUCUGAGGUCCAACACGGGAGAGGAGGCCGUCCGAGACAUUGUGCAGUUUGUACCUUUCAGGGAUUUCCGUAACGCACCCAAGGAAACCCUGGCCAAGUCGGUCCUGGCCGAGCUGCCCCAGCAGGUCACCCAGUACUUCAAGCAGCGGAAUCUACCGCCCGCCAACCCGGCACCGGAGUGAGGCGCCCCGAAGACCACGACCCACAUGCUGUAACAUAGCUCGACGAAACCUCUCUUAUCGUUAAUGGCAAUUAACAAUACAGAACGAAAGUGUGUGUGUGUCAGCUGCGAACAAAAAAAACAAAAAAAAGAGUUAUGGACAAAAAAAAAAAAAAAAGAAACUUUUAAAUCCGACAUUGAAGACAUCCCUGAUGUGUUCUUUGCACAGUUUUUACUGGUUAAAGAGUGUGUGGUCAGUGUGAAUCCAUCCGAAGUGACAUUCGUUUGUUUUUUGAAGCUUUCCAGCAGACAGAUCAUUGACGAUGAGGACUCGGUGCAUGUGUAAAGUGCAGGUAAAAUGCUGGUAUUUUUUUCAGCGGGAUUGAAUAUAUCUUGGCUCGUCAGGAUGUAGGUUGUUUUUUUAUUUGUUCUGUUUAGGUUUUUUUGCAUGUGCGUAUGUGUGUCUUGUGAUUGAUAUCAUGUGGUACAUACAACUCCUUUGUGUAAAGUUGUUUCUAAGCCAAACUAUUAAGUCAGUGGUUGGUUCCUCUGCUGUUGUUGUACGGACUCCGUUGGUGUAGCACAUGGAGGAUCUCACGUGGUGGACUCAAUCUUUCUUUGCGGAGCGCUGCUUCUUCAGCCGUGUUCCCUUCACCAGCGGAGGUUUUUUUAUUUUUUUAUUUAGGAGAGAGGCGGGUUUAAUGCUCCGCUACGCUUAUUUAAGUGAAGGGUACAGAGUCUUAGGAAAUGAGGCCGUGGUGGCAGCCGUAGCACUAACACAGAAUAGAUGUGGGAUGCUGUCACUACACUGUUAAAUACGGGGACCAUAUUUUGCAAAGUUUCACAAAAUCCUUGCAUUUCUUAUGACUUCGGUUCAUUCUGCAUGUUGCCAAUAUCUACUCACCGUUUACGAACUGACGGCCACAAACGCAUGAAGUUUUUAUUUUCAAAUGACAUAUUUAUCAGAUUUUGUAAAUAUUUUAUUCUUGUCAAAAGGGAAGAAUUACGAGACGGAGAAGGAAAAGCUGGGAGAGCAGACGCGUUUUCUGAUAUGCAUAUAUAUAUAUAUACAUAUAUAUAUUACUGUCGAAUGUAUAUUUCUAUGAUGCAGUUUAUGUUAUGAUAAGCCAAUGUUUCUGCCAUGUUUUUAAAUGUACUUUUUAUGCAGUGAUGAAUUGUGUAUUACUGUGCAUCUUUGUACUAAACGUGUUGCUAUUGAUUUUAUAAAGUUGUGUCUGUGUCAACACUCAGGUUAAUAAACUGAAGGAAAAGUCA